CACACACACACACACACACACACACACACACACACACACAGCAACAGAGUAAUGCACAUGGCAGCAGUGAGCAGCUGAUGAGAAGAAAAGAAAUGAUCAAACAUAAGGAAUUAAAAACAGGCCUCGUGCUUCCUUUGAUUGUUGGAAUAUAUUUUACAGCUUUAAGAAGUGGAACAUAAAACCAGCAAAUCUACUGGAGAAGAGCUGAUGAACUGUUAUUGAUCACAUAGAAGCAACAGAUAUUGAUUCAGGAUCAGGAGUGUAAAGUGCUUUUGAUGCAGUCACAAUGUUUUAUAUGGAUUUAAAGUCCAGUGAGGAGAACGUGCAGCGACUGAUGCGAUCUAAACCUGUGCUGCGGGGCAAACUGUGUCGCCAGCGACUGCGUUUAAUCCAUCGACCGCAAGAGCAACGCUCACCCCGACACACUCAGACUCCAUCGGUCACCAGGUACAGUCGAUUAAAGGACAUCAGCAGACUGACACGAGCGCUGGAUGAACUCAUUCUUUAGUCUCUAUAACACUUUAUUUUGUGUUCUUAAAUGACUUUUAUUUUCCUUGAGAAAGUUAUUCCAGUGUUUUAGAGGUUUUGUUGACAGGUUUCUCUGCAGGUACGAAACAACCUAUUUUUACUUCCAGAAUCAGUGCUCGCGCUUCUGUCAUAUAAACGGACGGCAAGAUGAAAGAUAAACCUGCAGCUCCACUGAAACGGGUUUCACCGGCCGUCCCGUCCCGCUGUCCGCUCAACAGACCCUCAGAAACUCAUUAACAUGUCAAUCGUCUCUGAUGUUCACUGGAUAAAUGAUCCUGCAGAGACUCGGUGUCAUCAGGAGCUGUGAAGAGUCACACGUGUUCUGCUCUUAUAAUAUUUCAUAUAUCGUGCAAUUAAUGUAAAUGUGUUUCACUUCACGGCCGCAUCACUUCCUCCAGAGUGCAUUAAAUGCAUUUGUUUACUAAUAAAUCAAAUUGUUUAAAUAUAUUCAUUAGAGAUUCCUGGAAAGUUCAUGGAAAUUCAACGGAUAAAAAGUGUUGGAAUUCUGAUUUAUCAAAACCUUUCUUAUUUUUCACAUUCACCAUCAUUGUUUUCCUCUCCCUAAACCUCUGAAACUUAUUGUGUGUGAGUGUGUGUGUGAGUGUGUGUGUGUGUGAGUGUGUGUGUGUAGAGUGUGUGCGUGUUUUUGUGAUUUACGAGGACAAUUUUGGACUGCAGUCUCAGCGCGAUGAAUGAAGAGUCCUGGGACCCUCGUGACCCGCAGCCGGAUUCAACUGACCUCUCGAUCUCACAGCCGCAGCAGCCUGAUAAACUCUGUCUGGAGUCUUUUUGGAGUGAAGUCGAGACAAUACGACAAAACAUUAGCGACUUCGAACCCGAGGGCAGCCGACGAGACUCACGACAGUCUGAAGACGACGAGCAGGACGAGCUCUGGCUGCAGGACGCUGGAUUGUCGCCGUUGGCAACCAGUGAAGGAGAGGAAGUUGAUAAAGCAGUGUUGUUGUCGACGCUCACUAAGACACAAGCAGCGGCGGUUCAGAGACGCAUCGACUCGUACACGUGUUCACUGCGCAAGAGAAACAAAACCCCACCACGACACGUCAAAGACAUCUUUAGCUGCUCCAUCACUCAGUCCACAGUUUCAGAGACACACAACAGUGAAUCUGACACACACACAAACAUGGAGAGCAUCACAAAGACUCAACGAUCAGCUGUCAGUGUUCAGGACUCUACAGGAGCUCUACAGAAGGACGAGAUCUUCAUCACUGAUGUGGCGUAUUGUGAACAAGCCGCUAUUUUACUGAAACUCGCCAAACUACCACAGAACAACAGCAGCCAACACAGAAGAGAUGAUGGAAUUCUGCCGAGGGUGAUCUGUCCUCAGUGUCGUUUGGGUGUGACGCGGGUCGUGGAUCUCUCACAUCAGGACAUGAAGAAGGUCCGUCAACUCGCUUUGAUCGACAUGACAGCGCUGUGUGACCUGCUGGAGCUCGAGGUCAAACGACACAAAACCUGCAAGAGGAAGAUUCCCGAGAGCUGUUUGUUUGGCGUUCCUCUCGCCUCAUUGGUGGAAAACGACCAGAAGAUCAGACCCAACACUCAGAUCCCUCUCUUCCUCCAAGCACUUCUGUCAUUUCUAGAGAAGAAAGGUCUCGAUUCUGAAGGGAUUCUGCGGGUUCCAGGAUCUCAAUCCAGAAUUAAAGUGUUGCAGCAGAAGUUGGAGAAGUCGUUUUAUGGCGGUUCGUUCAGUUGGGAUGAUGUUAGUCCGAAUGACGCCGCGGCUCUGCUCAAGAAAUUCAUCCGCGAGCUGCCGGCGCCGCUGCUGACCGCUAAACACCUCAACACAUUCAGCGCUGUGAGAGAUAUUACUGAACUGAAGCAGAAGUUACAUGUGUUAAAUCUGCUUAUCCUGCUGCUGCCAGAACCAAACAGAAACACACUGAAGGCUCUGAUGGAGUUUCUCAGUAAAGUCGUCUCUUUUGAGCAUCGGAACCGGAUGAAUCUGUGGGCCGUCUCCACCAUCAUGGCUCCAAAUCUCUUCCUUCAUAAAGCCGUGCCGAGUAAACUCGCAGUCGACGGUCAAGAGAAAGGCCAGGCGGAGCGAGCGGCCGAUAUCAUGAGACUCCUGAUUCGCUACCAGGACCUGCUGUGGACGGUUCCUAACUUCCUGAUGAGUCAAGUGAGGAGACUGAACGAGAACAGCAACCGGCGCUAUCAGUUCUACGACAAACGCAUUAAAAACCUGCUGAGGAAGAUCCACACCGACAGCAAAGACAAAGCCGACAAGAACUCUUCUGAGCGGUGUCGUACUGUUAAGAUCCAGCUGGGUGACGUGAGUUUCUCCAUGGAGUUUCAUCUCACGAUUAACUCUCGAGCUGCUGAUCUGAUGUCACAGUUUUAUAAAGAGCUGCACACCUCUGACAACAGCAGGGGAAUCAUCCGGCGAAAUGGCUCAACAAACCUCCCAGACUGUGCCAUAUAUGAAGUAGGUGGAAAUAUUGGUGAACACUGUCUGGAUCCAGAAACACAUUUGUUUGACCUGUAUAACAACAACCCGAGUGGAGAGUGGAUUAUUAAACUCAAGUCUGCCAGCAGAGGGCAGUAGAGACACAUGACACACAAACUCCAUCGGUUCCCUUUAUAUCUCAUCCACCUCAUUGUUACAAUGCAAAUGAAUCCAAGAGAGCUUUCACACACAAACACAAACACACACUCACACACACACAAACUCACACACACUCACACAAACACAUUUUGAUUGACUUUCAUCUCAUUAAGAAGCUCUGAGAUGCUGAUAAUGAUGAGGAUGAGGAUGAUGAUGAUGUCAAACUGUUACUGAUGUGAUGAAGCUGGACUUCUGUGUUUGAUUUGGAUAUUUUUGUUUAGUGUUUUGAUGACGAACGGCCGCUUGAGAUUGUACGCAUUAUUGCACCAUUAUUUAUUAUUGAACUGCUUGUGCGUAAUCGUGUUUGAUUAUGUGAGAUGAAUGAAUUUCUGGGGUGUCAUUUUGUGCCUCAGUAUUAAACACAUGAAUUCAGAUUUCUACCACAUUUCUAGAAAUCUCUACAAUGUUGCUGUAGCUACAGGCAUCUUUUAAAGCUAAACGUGCACUCUUAUUUCUCCACUGUUUUUAUACGAUAUUGAACUGUUUUGAAAUCUUUUUGAUACAAUUUGUAUUUAGACACUAACCUCAUGAUUGAGACUCACACAUUCAGAGAAAGUAUUAUGUUACACACACACACACACACACACACACACACACACACACACACACACACACACACACACACACACACACACACACACACACACACAUUUGUCAUUAUAACAGAGUGCUAGUGAAAUUGUUUUGUGUAAUAGUGUAUAACAUUCAAACACUGUCACGCCUCUUCCUGCUCAACAAAUACACACACAAUCACACACACACACACACACACACACACACACACACACACACACACAAUCACACACUCACAAACACACACUCACACACACACAAUAUACACAUGCAGACACACACACACACACACACACACAGACACAUAUACACUCACACACACACACAUACACAUGCAGACACACACACACACACACACACACACACACACACACACACAGACACAUAUACACUCACACACACACAUAUACACAUACAGACACACACACACACACACACAGACACAUAUACACUCACACACACACACAUAUACACAUGCAGACACACACACACACACAAACGAUCACACACACACACAAUCACAAACUCACACAGACACACACACAAUCACACACUCACACACAUAUACACUCACACAUACAAUAUACACAUGCAGACACACACACAAACGAUCACACACACACAAAAUCACAAACUCACACAGACACACACACACACACACACACUCUCACAUACAAUCACACACUCACAAACACACACUCUCACACACAAUCACACACUCACAUAUACACUCACACACACAAUAUACACAUGCAGACACACACACAAACACUCACACACACAGACACACAAUCACACACUCACACUCACACACACACAUAUACACUCACACAUACAAUAUACACAUGCAGACACACACACAUAAUACGCACACACAGACACACAAUCACACACACAAUACACACACACACACACACACAAUCACACACUCACACACACAAUACACUCACACACACACACACACACACAUUUGUCAUUAUAACAGAGUGCUAGUGAAAUUGUUUUGUGUAAGUGUAUAACAUUCAAACACUGUCACGCCUCUUCCUGCUCAACAAAUACACACACACACACACACACACACACACACACACACACUCUCACACACACUCUCACACUCACACACACACUCACACACACACACACACACACACACACACACUCACACACAAUAUACA